AGCUCCAAUAAGGAGCCUCAGCUGGAACAAUAUUGAAUUUCAUAUCAGCAAACCUUUAUUUUAAGUUUCCUGGGUAUCAGACAUAAACUUUGGCAAGCUGACAGGCAGAGUCAAUAUCCAUGAGCCUUUAGAGCUUCAAUAAAUAUCACGUUAUGACCUUUAAAAAUGUCUGAACACGGGCAAAACUGUGCAGUAAAACUGCGUUUAUAAAAAUAAACCCUCCAGAAUUUUAUGUUUAUGAGAAAUACAUGUUGUUUUCUUGAUGAUCAAUUGGUUUGAACCAAACGUAACGUACUGUUUGUAUUUGCCUUUUGGGGAAACAUGAGGGUUGAAACACAAGGCUGUGGUUUUUAAACUGCAUUUAAUCUAAUAAUGCAACAUUGCAUCCUUCAUAUUGAUAUUUAUAAGAAAAUAGGCCAGACUAAGUCCAGACUAAUUACUUUAAGUGGUCUUCAAAAGAGAUACUUGGUGGUUUUUAUUGGUUGUAACUUAGUAGCAAGUGGUCACCAUUAAGGGAAAGUCCCAGAAUGACUUUCUCUUUAUAUCAAAGCUUAUUAAAAGUUUUCAAGAACUGCCUUCAAAAGACAAAGACAAGCAAACCUCAAUGAAGGAGUUUCCUGAUUAAACCACAACAGUAGCAAAGUUAUUCAUUCAUAAAAAACAAUUCCACUUGUCAAAAUUCAUAAAGACAAUUUGGCGACUCAAUAAAUCGCAGUUACAAUUAUUAGUAAAUUAAGCAUUUAUUUACUUUCUACUAGCAAGCCUGUGUUGUCACUUUGGGAUCCCACAUUGUCAGGCGGCAGUUGUCGAUCUCUGACGUCAGAGCCACGUCAUUAAUUGAAGCGAUGAGGGUGCUGUCCAGGGUGCUGAAUCCUGAGACAGGUCUUUCUAUGCAAAGCAGCCACUGAGGCAACAGGCGUGUUUAAAGAUCUACAGCAGGACUUAUGGAUUUAGUUUAGUAACAGAUUCAAGAUAUUUUAUUGAUUUUACAAGAAAAGAGUGAAGUUAAGCCGACAAGUGUUUUCUGGAAGUUGUAAAACUCUGACUCAAACUUUUUUUUUUCUUUUUGGUCUUAAACAUGGAUCUGCUUCCCGCCUUGGAGGCUGCCAAAAUCUACCACACCAACUAUGUGAGAAACUCCCGAGCCAUCGGCGUCAUGUGGGCCGUGUUCACGAUCUGCUUCGCCAUCAUCACCGUCGUGGUCUUCAUCCAGCCCUACUGGAUCGGGGACAGCGUCGACACCCCGCAGGCCGGGUACUUCGGCCUCUUCCACUACUGCAUCGGCAACGCGCUCACCUCGGAGCUCACCUGUAAGGGCAGCGUGCUGGACUUCGCCUCCAUCCCGUCACCGGCCUUCAGGACGGCCAUGUUCUUCGUCGGGACCUCCAUGCUCCUGAUCGUAGGCACCAUGGUCUGCUUCAGCUUGUUCUUCUUCUGCAACACCGGGAACGUCUACAGGAUCUGCGCCUGGAUGCAGCUGGCCUCAGCUGUGUUGAUGGUGAUGGGCUGCAUGAUCUACCCGGACGGCUGGGACUCUCCUGAGGUGAAGAGGAUGUGUGGCCAGAGGACUGAUAAGUACAGCCUGGGGAACUGCACGGUGCGCUGGGCCUACAUCUUGGCCAUCAUCAGCAUCCUGGACGCCCUCCUGCUGGCGUUUCUGUCCUUCACCCUCGGCAACCGGCAGGACAAACUGCUGCCAGAUGACUUUGAGGUGGAGGGAGAAGGAAAAACCUAAUGAACGUGGACCUUCAGGACCAGUGUGAUGCAGAUGUACUUUGAAGGCCUUCAAGGGUCAAGAAAAACAUCCUGAAAUGUCAGGAUGCAGUUAAAUCAGAUUGUUCACCUGUCUUUCUUUUUUUUAAUGUUUUCUUUCUUUUUAUGAUGGUUUGUUUCAAGUCAAACACCUAAUAAACUUCAGAGAAACAAGCUGGACACUGUUAUUCUGUACUGUAUGAACGUCUGUUUUAUUGUAUGGUGUGUUGUACAGUUUGUUCACACAAAGUCUAUGUUCUUGAAUCUGACACUGAUGUAAGUUUCUGUUUUUACCUAGGCUUCAACAGAUACAUAGCUUACUUUGAUAUGAUCAAUUUGGGACACCAUUACAUAACAUCAGAUCUCACCAUUUCUAUGGUAAAAACAGUGACAUUAUUGAACAGUUGGCCACACAUACAACCAAGCUCAAACACAUCUUCCAUUCACUUUUAUUAAAACACAGCUACCCAGCUAAAUAAUUUUAGCUAAGAUAUAAGAUUUGUUAAAAACUGUACAUAACUGUAAUAUACAUAAAGGCAAACUCUUUGGUACAGAUAUAUACAGUUUAUUUUCACUUUUUUUCCUUUCAAUUGGGCUUCCUAACGUGUCGUCUUGUUGAAACCUUUGAAACACUAUAUUCCUGAAUUGUAAUAGGUGUAUGAGAAUACCAGCCUCCCAUGAGAAUGAAAGAUCUUUUUUUUUUUUUUAAAUUUUAAUUGACUAACCACACUAAAUACCAGGUGACAAUGGAUUUAUUAUGGCUAAAUAAUAUGACCGAUGUUAUCAGACAUCGGUGUCUCAGUAAGAAACUAGAGUCGGUCUAGAGAGAUGCUGUGUGAACGUUACCACAGUCAGUGUAAAUGUCAGCCCAGUGUGCAACUUUCUAAGCCUACUUUACAAAUACAAAAUGUAUACCUUACAUGUGUAAUAGAAGAUAAAAUAAUUCAUAAAAAAAAGGAGAGAACACAGCACUAAUGAAAUGUACGAGGAAAAAAAGUGAUAGCGAGUCCUUUUUUAUGGGGACAAAAAUGACCAAUAAAGGCUACAUAUCCUUGAUUUGUUUGGGUUUUUAGUGCAGGAGUGUAACAAACAAGGAUGAGUCACUAGCAGUACAAUAACAGGUUUGCUUAGUUGGGUGGGUGAACGGAGCACAGCAGUUGGAGCCAACAUGACCACAAAGUAAUAUAACCCACGGGAUUCCUGACGUCAUCACACAGAGAGAAGAACCAACAAAUACAGGGUAAACAUACACAGAAGCAAUAGCUCAA